CCAAAAGGCAGAUGCACACGCUGUUUUCUCUGCCCAUUUACCUCCCUGUCCCAUGGGGAAAACUGCUCCAGCCUGCUGUCUGCAGCACAGCAGUGGAGGUUUGAAGAAGCCCAAAGGGGUUAAAGUCACACUGAACUCCCAAAGUCAGUCGCUUCCAAGUCAGAGUCUGGCUGCUGCCUGCGGUUUGUGGGAAGGGAUUUCGUUUUUUAAUAACAGCAUUAUAAAUAGGGCUGUGUUCAGCUUGCUGCAGACGCUCACUCGCUCGUCUCCCUCCUCCUGCCGCUGCUCUUCCCUCCUACACGGAUCCCUGUGCUGGCCAUGGACCGGUCAGCCUUCUUCCUCAGCCUCCUCAGCUUGCUGGUGUGCCUCCCCCCCAUCCUCCAGGCAUGCCCCUCGAGCUGCCACUGCCACGGAGGAGAGCUCCAGCAUGUCAUCUGCGACAACGUCGGGCUGAAGAAGAUCCCCAAGGUGUCCGAGCAAACGCGGCUCCUCAAUCUGCAGAGGAACAACUUCCCCGUCCUGCCGACCAACGCCUUCAGGGAGAUGAAAGGGCUCGUGUCCCUCCACCUCCAGCAUUCCCAGAUCAAGGAGAUCUCCAGCGGCGCCUUCCGGGGGCUGAAGCAGCUUGUCUACCUUUACCUGUCCAAUAACGAUAUCAGCAUCAUCAAGAUGGGUGCCUUUGAUGACCUGUCGGAGCUCACGUACCUGUACAUGGACCACAACAAGAUCUCGGACCUGCCCAAGGGGCUCCUCUCCCCACUCAUUAACCUCUUCAUCCUGCAGCUGGGCAGCAACAAGAUCCGAGAGCUGAGAUCGGGGGCCUUCAGCGGUGCUAAGGACCUGCGCUGGCUCUACCUCUCUGACAACUCCCUCUCCUCCGUCCAGCCCGGGGCCCUGGACGACGUGGAAAACCUAGCUGUCUUCCAUUUGGAUAAGAACCAGCUGAGCACUUACCCAGUGGCUGCAAUGAGCAAGCUGAGGGUAGUGGAGGACCUGAAGCUUUCUCACAACCCCAUGAAGGUCAUUCCCGACUAUGCCUUCCAGUCCUUCGGGCGCUACAUGGAGACACUCAGUCUGGACAACAUGGGCCUGGAAAAGUUUUCAGAUAAAGCAUUUGCUGGAGUGACCACACUGAAGACUGUUCACAUCGAGAACAACAGACUUAACCAGCUACCUGGGAACUUCCCGUUCAGCAGCCUGGAGAACCUCACUCUGUCCAAUAAUCCUUGGCACUGCUCCUGUCAGCUAGCAGCUCUGCGCAAGUGGUUAGAGUCCAGCCGCUCCCGCCCUGAUGCGGUUUGUGCCUCACCAUCUCAGUACCGAGGGCAGCAGAUAAGAGACACCGCCGCACUCCGCAGCUGCAAACUCCCCACCAGGAGGCCCAGGAAAGGAAACCGCCAUUAAACAGGCCCUGGUAUGGCUUGUCCAGGUGACUGGCCGCUUCAACCAAUCAGAAAACUACUGACUCCAUCCAAGUCCACCCAUAAGCUUCUACCAUCUGUCAAGAGACAUUUCUGAUGUAUCUGAUCACCUCUAGCCUCCUCACAAUCCUCGCCUAUCUGCUGACUGGAGGAUGGAAUCCAACUUUUCAAUCUUUUCCAACAUCUAUGUAUUUUAAAAGAGGCAUUUUUUAAACUAAACUAUGCAUGACGAUGCUAACACAAGCUAACCUAGAUCCUGCCCAUAAAACACAGUCAUCUUCCCAGAGGCAACCUAAACCCAUGUCCCUGAUUAUCCUGUUUGUCUCCAUCUUUCUCCUUCCAGUGGGAUGCAAGUGAAUAGAAAGCCAUAAGGGUUCCUCCCUCCCCCAGCCCCUGACUGCUCCAGGAGGAAAGCCAUCCCAUCUCAACUCAUGCAGACAGAAACCUCCUCCUACCUGAGGAGGUGAUCCCUGCAGGUCAGGGCAGAGGACCACAGGUGAAGCAAUGUUCAGGGUUCAGUGGACUUGGAGAGUGAGUUUCCCUUACAGUCCAGCAGGGGGUGAUCUCUCUAGUUCAGGCUGAGGUCUGCUAGUGUUGGGGAACCUCAACACUGAAAUAGCUUAGAGAUUGGAUUCUCUUCUCACCCCGCAGGAAGGCGGUUUCACAAAGUACCUACACAUGUAAGGGGAGAGGUUUGCACCGUAUCAGCCUAUAUCUGGGGAGCGAUCUUGCUCUCCAGUCCUCCUCCUCUUCUCCUCACCCCUAACCCAGAAAGCCUAGCGGGAGAAGAAGAUGACUAUGGUUUAUCGUCAUGGAUUUUACAAUACCACAAUUUCAACUUAACUGCAUUUUUUUAUCUAAAGAUUUAUAUAAAUAUAUAUAAAUAUAUAUAUAUUUAUUCCUCUGUAACUGAGUGUAAAUGACUCUUCGGAGGAUGAAAACUCCUCUUACUCUUAUAUAGAAAACAAAUUGUAUAUUUUCUUAUGUACAUCUUCUGUAUAAAGCUCUCGCUGCA